AUUUACUCAUCACUAAACUAUGGCCCAAGUUCAAGCACCAACACAAGCAAAGGACGGUUGGAGAACAUUCUCUACUGAGGUGGAGAACCAGAACCCAACCACCCUUCAAUGGCCCGAAAAAAUAGAAGGCCCAACCGUGUGGGAUGGAAAAUACCUCGAGGCUCACCCUGAUGAAUGGGUCUACCAGCUCAGUAACUCAGAGAUCAAUGAAAUUGAUGCUGCUAUCAAGCACUUCUUCACCCUCAACAAGGAACUCAUUUUCAUCGACAAGGCGUCCUUCCCUCUUCCAGAAUUCGGAAAGGUGUUGCAAAGGCACAAGGAAAUUCUUCUUCAGGGCCGCGGAUUCACACUCAUUCGUGGUUUUCCAAUCAAUAACUAUACCCGGGAGGAACAAGCCGCUGCAUUCAUGGGCAUCGGUACACACUUGGGACAUCGCAAAACACAAAAUGGCAAAGGGCAUGUUUUGGGUCACGUAAAGGAUAUCUCCAUUGGCUCCCUGACCAAGGCUGUUUAUGAUGCUAAUGAUCCCACCACUCGUAUAUAUGCCACUCGUAAAGCUCAGCCUUUCCACGUCGAUGGUACCGACAUUGUCGGCCUUCUCUGCCUGCAGGUCAGUCAAGAGGGCGGUCAAUCAUCCGUCAUAUCUUCACACACUGUAUAUAACCGCCUCAAGGAGGAGCGUCCCGAUAUCAUUGAGCUAUUCAAAGAAACCUGGCACUGGGAUAAGAAGGGGGAACAUGGACCCAAUGAUGUUCCCUACCUUUUGGCGCCUCCAAUGACAUAUUACGAAGAUAAGCUAUUUACCUUCUACGGACCUCACUUCUGGGAGACUGUUCCCAGACUUGGAAUUCCAGUUUCCGAUGAAAAGUUUGAAGCUAUGAAAUAUGUGCAAAACCUUUGCGAGAAGGAGGCUCUUGAGAUGUGGCUCGAAGUUGGUGAUAUGCAGUUUGUUCACAAUCACCAAAUCCUGCAUGCCAGAAGUGCUUACAAAGAUUCCCAAGAAUUAACAAGACAUUUGUUGCGACUUUGGCUUAUCGUUCCAACAGAAGAAGGCGGCUGGGAUAUGCCAUUUGCUAAGCGGGAAGGCGUCUACUAUUAUGGCGUGAACCACAGCGUUCCACUCGAGGCGGAAUAAUUAGCUUUAGUAUAUUUUACCGGUCAUCAUAAGAAAUCAAGUUCAUAAAAGGAUAUAUAUUUUAAGCGGGAUACACAUUUACAACGAGGAGGUGUGGGAAGUAGCUAAGUUGUUUUCUACUAAAG